GGAUAGCCUCACCCAAGAAAAAAAGAAGAAGAAAAAAACCACCCUAAUUGAUCUUUUGCGCAGCCAACCUCGGAAAUAAUCAAGCGACGAUGGUGGAACCGUGGAAUCGACCCGAUCUCAAGAGGAGGCGCCAGCAGCGGGCGCAAGAGAUUUUGGACCAGGCCCGCGAGGAAGAGCAGCCCAAGCGGCAAAAGCAGGCGAUACCAGGCCCGACGACGGACGACAAGAUCCAGACCAUGGAGCGGCUGCGGCAAAAGUACCGGGGCAGGGAUGCGCUGGGCAUGUACAUCGAGGACCCGGACGCGUUCCCACCGUUCCGUAACGUCAUCUACUACAACGACGACUUUGUCGCCAUCAGGGACAUCUACCCAAAGUCGUCGGUGCACCUGCUGCUCCUCCCUCGGUCCGAGGCGGUCAGUAAGCUGCACCCCGUCGAGGCGCUCAGCACCAACGCCGAGUUCCUGGCAAAGGUGCGCGAGGAGGCCGUCGUGCUCAAGCGCAUCGUGGCCAGCGAGCUGCGGCGCAUGUACGGCGAGGAAAGCGCCACUGAGGCAGAACGCACAAAGGCGCUGCUUGACCCCGACAGCGUGGAGGAGUUGCCCGAGGGGAGGGAUUGGGAGAAGGGCAUCAAGGUCGGAGUGCACGCCACCCCGAGCAUGAACCACUUGCAUAUCCACUUCAUGUCUCCCGACAACGUGGGAGGCAACAUGAAGAAAGGGCACCACUACUUGUCGUUCAACACUGGGUUCCUGGUCAGACUGGAGGACUUCCCCCUGGCAAAGACGGACCCGCGGCGCCACGGUGGCCACGAAUUCAUGAAACUGCCGUUGGCAUGCUGGAGGUGUCAAAAGCCAUUUCCAUCUUUUAGUCAACUCAAGUCACACCUCCUGCAGGAGUUUGAGGAAUGGAAAAAGGAAUGAAAAAAAAAAAAAAAAAAUGAAGAAACACAUCCGGUGUUCUGCAUUCAUGUCCGGCUCUCUCGUCCGUGAAGGGAUGG